AUGGCGCCCCGGCAAAAAUCCAGCGCCGUGGAUGGCGGCUAUCGGAAGACAAGCGAGGAUAUAGGGCCACACCUAGCCCUCGCUGUUGACUUGGUCACCGCCAAUAUCGGCGCUGAAAGCACCCAAGCUACAACACCUCGACGCUCAACCAGGCUGGUCAAAACUGAGGGGAUACCCCCAGUGAAGCAGAGUGAAACGGCCACGACAAACGACAACAGUGAGCCUACCGUUAGGGUUCGCGCCGAACGGGCCGCUAUGGGGCUCAACCCGACAGCGCUCGGCGCGCCUGCCAGCCCUGAAUCCAACACGACAGCAUCUGAUGGCGAGGCCUUCAGGCAUGAAUCGGAGGACGACUCAAAGGGCGUCCAGCACGUGCUCCAGGGGCUAGCACGGAUGGAGAGGAGGCUGCAGCGCAUGACGAAGCGACAGCGACUCAAGGUCGAGGAGAGCAUCAACACAGUUGUCGCGCUCCAGCCGCGACUAGCUCAGAGAGACCAUCAGUCCCGAGACGAGUCGCCGGCUACCCGAGGACGUCAGGGGCAGAUGAGCAUCAAGGCUCAAGCCUCUGCCGCCGCGGCUCCCGGUCAUUCGAUGACAGCCAACCUCUACGGCCGCUCAUCUUCCGACAAGGAGGCGGGCGGUUCGCGUCACGCCUUGAAGGAGGCUGGGUCCGCGGAGGUCCUGAUCAAAAAGCCGACUCCAACGGCCAGCCCGGCAGACAGAGGCGCAGCGCGGGCUCCACCUGUAAAUAGCGACAUUUUGCCGCUGCCUUGGAAAGGCCGUCUAGGAUAUGCAUGUCUAAAUACUUAUUUGAGGUCAGGGAGAACGCCUGUCUUCAGCUCGCGGACGUGCCGGAUGGCUUCCAUCAUCGACCAUCGGUACCCGCUGUGUGACCCAACGCAGCCAGAGCACCCGACUCGGAACAGACUUGACAAGUCCAAAGUGGCCGACAGGGCCAGGGGCUUGAAGUUUGUCCAAGGUCUCGGCAUGGCCAACGCACGCGAUAUUGUCAAAAUGUUGCGGUGGAACGAACGCUACGGCAUCCGCUUCAUGCGGCUCAGCUCAGAAAUGUUUCCGUUUGCUAGUCACAACGAACACGGAUACAAACUUGCCCCUUUUGCAUCCGAGGUGCUAGCGGAGACUGGAAGGGUAGCCGCAGAGCUCGGCCACCGGCUGACGACACAUCCUGGACAGUUCACUCAACUCGGCUCCCCCCGCCCCGAAGUUAUAAGCGCGGCGGUGCGGGACCUCGAAUAUCACGACGAGAUGCUCACGCUUCUGAAGCUUCCUGACCAGCUGGACCGUGAUGCCGUCAUGAUCCUGCACCUGGGUGGGGUCUAUGGUGACAAGGCGGCGACUCUGGACCGUUUCCGGCAUAACUACAAAAGACUUUCCGAUUCGAUCAAGCGGCGGCUCGUGCUAGAGAACGACGACGUAUCAUGGUCGGUGCAUGACCUGCUCCCGCUAUGCGAGGAACUAAAUAUCCCUAUGGUCUUGGACUAUCAUCAUCACAACAUCAUCUUCGACCCUGACAAGUGCCGUGAAGGCACCGCGGACCUUGUGCCGCUGAUGCCACGCAUCAGAAGGACUUGGGAGCGCAAAGCCAUCACGAUGAAGAUGCACUACAGCGAGCAAUGCCCGGGGGCGGUGGCACCGCGUGACAGGCGCAAGCACAGCCCCCGCGUCGCGACGCUGCCGCCAUGCCCGCCCGACAUGGACCUCAUGAUCGAGGCCAAAGACAAGGAGCAGGCUGUUUUUGAACUCAUGCGCAACUUUCGCCUGCCGGGGCACGAGCGCAUCAGUUGCAUCAUCCCUCACCAGAGGGUGGAUGAACCAGAGCCGGAUGAGCCGCCGCGGUCGGCGCGGGCUGCAAGUGACGCAAGGAAGAAGCAAACAGGCGGCGGCGGAAGGCGGAACAAGAAUGACGACAAGGCGGGACAGAAGCUGUCGGCAGACGACGCACGCAAACAAGGGGAAGAUGCUGACAGGGUAGCACAAGAGGCGGCGGCGGCGGUCCGGCCGCAGAUGGCAGACGAGGAUAUUGGGAUGGGCGGCCCCGACGGCCGGGUGUAUUGGCCGCCCGGCAUGGAGGAGUGGCUCCGGCCGCUGAAGCGAGACCAGAAGCGCAAGUUCGAGGCCUACGAGACAUACGAGUACGGCGACGUGGAUGACACUUGA